AAGUUUGAAAGCUACAUUACUGACCUAGCUGAAUUGAAAGCUAUACUGUUCAAAGUUGAACUUCUCAGCUGUGAUAAAAUGUCCUAUAUUGCAAUUUACAUAAAUUUGGAGGUUGUAACAAAAGCUAAGUUUAGCUGAAGAACUGGACAACAACUGUUUAACUUUACAUUUUCUGAACAUAAAGAACCACAAGCAGAUCGCAGUUUUCCUACUAAUACUACUGUGGUCUAUGAAAGUUACGGUUCUUGUGACUGAAGGAGUUGGAUUCAUAGCAAGCCAUGUGAUUACAUUACUACUGGAGAAAGGUUAUCGGGUUCGGGCAACUGUUACAAACUCACAAGAAGAAAGCCAACUUCGUACCUUGUGUUCCGAAAGCAAAUCUAUUCUGGAAGUUGUGGAAAUAGGCCUAUUUCAAGACCAAGGUUGGGAUAGAGCAGUAAAAGGUUGCAGGUACGUUAUCCAUGACGCAUCCAACGUUCCUGGGUCUGCAUCCCUCAACAACGAUUCACCCAAGCUCAAUGUGCAGUGUGUAAAACGGAUUCUCCGGGCAUGCGCAGACGAUGGUGGUGUGAAAAGAGUCGUAUUAACUAGCUCAAUCAGUGCCGUUCACGAUCAUAGUUCCUCAGAAUCAGCAUUUAUGGAUGAAGAGAAGAAAAAAAUAUACAAUGAAUCAGACUGGAGCCACGUCGAUUCACCGGGUCUCGACAUUGGUGCCCAAACCAUCACACUUGUAGAGAGGGCAGCAUGGGAUUUCAUUAGAGAAUUACCAGAAAAGAAGAAGUUAGAACUUUCUGUUAUCAACCCAGGUGUGGUUUUAGGUCCCUUGGUAUGUGGCUUCCCCAGCAGGAGCUUAGAGAUCGUACAGAAAUUAUUUGAGCGGACACUACAACUGAUUCCCAAGGUGCAUUUCUGUGUUGCUGAUGUCCGAGAUGUGGCACAAGCUCAUCUAAAGGUCAUGACCCUCCCGUCAGCAGCCACGCAUCGCCAUAUUGUGUGUACAGAAUCUAUUUGGUGGAGGCAAAUCGCUCAUAUCUUAUUUACCGAGUUUAAACCUAAAGGUUACCAUAUACCGACCACUGUAGCUCCUUUCUUCGUCACGUGGCUAGGCAGUUUUUUCGAUAGAUCCACGAGUAUGAUUAUUCCGCGAAUUGGAAGAGAAUGCUCUUACGACAAUAAAAGGAUGAGAGAAAUAUUAGGUGUCACACCUCGUGACCUCUCCCAGACAGUCUUGGACACUGCCUACAGUUUGAUUGAAAAAGGAUACAUACAAAAGUCCAAAAGACAUCGACUUGAAACGGAACUAGUAUCAUCCAAAGAAGACGAAAUUGAAAAUAAUCAAUCAAAGCCACAUCAGCCUAUCUGCUGUGUCCACUGAGAGGAAUCGAACCCAUGAUUUUAGCAGUAUAAAUCCGAAGAUUUACCGCUGUCCUAGCGGGGGACUUUAAAGGCUAAUAGACAAGUCGUACUUUUUAUGAACACCUUACCUAUUUUUGUUGACCGUGACGGAAUAUAUGGAAAACAUAUUCUUUAUUAACCUUACUUAUUAUCUGUAGUUUGGUGUAUUCUGAAAUUUGUAAUUUAUUACAGUGUUUUUUUUAUAAAUCAUAUUUAUAAUAUACGGUUCAUAACCUCUAUCGACAGCUAUAUAUAUAUUUUAAAUAAUUCAGUUCAAGCAUAAUAUCUUCAUUAUAUGAAGAUACCUUAACGGCCCUAUGAACAAAUGAUGAAAAAAGAAGACAUUUUUUGGGACAAUGGAUGACACGAUCAUGCGUGCGGCGGCAUGGCAACUGAGAACGGUUUCCUGUAAACCGAAAUAGACAGAAACGCUUCUUUCUUAUUACCGAAACAUAAAAAAAAAAUGUUAACAGCCCCUUUUAUCUACUUCUAAAGUGAAUUAUAUUGUGGGGCUAAUAGAAUUAAGAUGUACCAGGAAAUCAAUUAACGUGUUUCUGCCAUGCCGCCACACCAGAAACGUGUCACCCACAUAUCUUACACACAAUUCUGUUCGUAAAUUACAUCACCCACCUUAAAAUCACUAUAACUUACACAUAAUUUUGUCAAAUUUAAAAUGUCAUCUACUUCAACUGCUUCUGUAAAAAUGAAAUUUCCUGUGUUUCUUCUGGUCUCCUGAAAAUGGUGUUAUUUUU